AUGCCUGGACCUGGACCUGGACCUGGACCUGGACCUGGACCUGGACCUGGACCUGGACCUGGACCUGGACCUGGACCUGGACCUGGACCUGGACCUGGAUGGAUCAGUGCAACUGCUGUAGCAUGGGAAGCAGGAAAGCCAUUGCAGAUAGAGGCCUUAGUGGAAGUGGCUCCACCGCAGAAGGAUGAAGUUCGUCUUAAGAAUAUUGUUGUCACCUCUCUUUGUCACACUGACAUCUACUUCUGGGAAGCCAAGGUUCGAGGCAUGCAGCUAAAACAAUUUGGUUGUACCGAAUUUUUGAAUCCAAAAGACCAUAGCAAGCCUAUUCAAGAGGUUAUUGCUGAGAUGACGGAUGGGGGAGUGGAUCGCAGCGUCGAAUGUACUGGAAAUGUUAUUACAAUGAUAUCUGCAUUUGAAUGCGUCCAUGAUGGGUGGGGUGUUGCUGUUCUAGUAGGUGUUCCUAAUAAGGAAGAUAUGAUCAAAACCAGUCCCGUCAACUUUCUGAAUGAGAGGACACUAAAGGGUACCUUCUAUGGCAACUACAAACCGCGGUCUGAUCUUCCUAAACUCAUCGAAGAAUAA